ACCAACCGAAAAAUCAAACUUUCAAAAUUGUUAAAAUUUCAACAAAAAAAAAACUUUUCACUAGUCAACUGUGUACUUCUGUGUGUGUGUAACUAAAAUCAGAAGUAUUCAAUUCAGUUAUUUACCAUAUAUCUCAUGACAACAAAAAAUAAUUUUCGAAAAAUUUGCUUAAGAAUCAUCGAUUUCAUCUGUCGAAAACAUCAAUUAAAUUCCAAAAAAGAAUUAUGUCAUCAUCAAUUAGCAUAUUAAACAAUAAUAACAACAUGUUGAUUAAAAUGUUUUCAUUAGUGAUGGCUUUGAUAAUAGUACAGUCAUCUAUUUGUCAAUCAUUAGUCAUUCCUGAUUCAAAAAACCAUCAGCUAAAAGCAGAUGAAAGACAAUAUCAAGAUUCCAGCAGCAACAACAACAACAACAAUGUCCGUCAACAACGAUCAACGAUAGCUGGUGAACCAAUUUGGGAUGGAAUCACAUCUAAAUUCACUGGUAAAAGAGUUGUAUUAACUAAACGAUCGAUUGGUGAUGAUAAUAAUGCUGCAUAUGCUGGACAUUCAAUAAUGCGUUUUGGUCGUGCACCACAUAAUAUUAUGCAUUUUGGUAAAAGAUCCAAUAAUGAUGAAGAUACAGCUGCAAUUGCUAAUCAACUUGAAACAAUGUCUAAUCAAGUUUCUGAAACUGGUUCUCCAUUUUCCGAUGAUUAUUUGAUGGGUAAUAAAGGAUCAUCAUCAGUACGUUACAUUCUAGUACCGGUUAUGGUAUCACCAUCAUCAUCAUCAUUAUCACAUUUAUAUUCAUCUCAGCCAUUAUCAUCAUCACCAGUGUCUGCUAGCGAUGCUCUUAGACAUUAUUUAACUAAAAAAUCAGCCGAAAAUCUUGAAACAAGUCGUGGUGUUUUUAUGCAUUUUGGUUAGAAUAAUAAUUCGGUAAUGAAGAAUUGAUAUCCGACAGCACAAACAUACUUAACAAACAAACAAACGAAAAAAACAUGUUGAUCUAUUUUGAACAUUUCAAGUAUUAU